UUGAAUUACACGUGUACCUCAAACAUAGCGAGCAAAAAUACAGUAAACGUAUUUUGAAAGUAUUUCUGUUAAAAUGUUCUGUUGUGCAUCGACGUGGUUUUUCAUUGGCACAUUAUGUGCAAUCUUUAUUCCAAUAAUUCUGACGCUCUAUCUUACUGGGAACAUCGUUGUUUUACCAGAAGUAACGAAGCUUUUACUGGUCGCAGUAUGGUGUUAUAUUGAUGCAUUGCUUAACUUAAUUUUUCCUCGAAAAUGUAAAAGCAUUGAAGGUUUGACGGCAGUCGUUACGGGUGGAGGACAUGGAAUUGGCAAGGAGAUUGCAUUGGGUUUUGCGAGGAGAGGAGUAAAAGUGGUUCUCUGGGACAUCAAUGAAGAAAAUAUGCAGAAAGUUGCAGAUGAAAUCAAAAGUCUUAAUGGUCAAGCAUUUUCAUAUGUCUGUGAUGUCACUGACAAGGAGAAAGUGUAUGAAAUUGCAAGAAAAGUCAAAGAUGAUGUUGGUAAUGUUGAUAUCUUGGUCAAUAAUGCUGGCACUGUUGUUGGAAAGAAUUUGCUCUCAAGCUCUGACAAGGAAAUUGAGAAGACAAUGAAUAUUAAUUUGAUGGCUCACUUUUGGACAAUUAAAGCCUUCCUGAAUGAAAUGCUUGAAAGAGAUUCUGGACAUAUAGUAGCUAUUUCAUCAAUAUUAUCUGUCCUUGGUGCAUGCCAGCUGGUGGAUUACUGUACCUCUAAAUCAGGUGUAUCUAUGAUGAUGGAAUCUUUAAGACAAGAAGUGCUGUCUCAGAAAAAACACGGUGUUCAUUUCACAACAAUUUUACCAUCAAAAGUCAACACUGGAUUAUUUGAAGGUGCUAAAGGAAGAUUCAGUGCAAUUCCACCAACUAUUCAGCCUGAAUAUGCUGCAAAUAGAAUAAUUGAGGCCAUUGAGAGAAACGAAAUAAAGGUUGUCCUUCCUCCGUGGUUUGGAUUGAUCCUUGCACUUAAGCCCUUCCUGCCACAAAAACUGAUAGAUGCAGCCACCAGAUUUGCUGGACUGGAAACAGGAAUGAAAGAGUUUACUGGACACAAGAAAGCAAUUUAAUUUAUAAAUUACUUUUUU